UGCGGAUGUGCGAAGUUUGUCCGCUGCGGGGCUCCGUAGUAGCUUUAACCCGGGCGGAGCGGGAUGAGCGGGGCUGGGCGCAGGAGCCCCGUCCCGCUUAGGAGACCCGAUGGCUGCGGUGUUUCUAGUAACGCUGUACGAAUACUCGCCGCUUUUCUACAUCGCGGUGGUCUUCACCUGCUUCAUCGUGACCACCGGCCUGGUAUUGGGAUGGUUUGGUUGGGAUGUUCCAGUAAUUCUGAGAAAUUCCGAAGAGACCCAGUUCAAAACAAGAGUUUUCAAAAAGCAAAUGAGACAAGUCAAGAAUCCUUUUGGCUUAGAGAUCGCUAAUCCAUCUUCAGCUUCGAUUUCAACUGGCAUAACUUUGACAACAGAUUGCCUUGAAGAUAGCCUCCUUACAUGCUACUGGGGGUGCAGUGUUCAAAAAUUAUACGAGGCUCUGCAGAAGCACGUUUACUGCUUCCGAAUAAGCACUCCCCAAGCACUGGAAGACGCUCUGUACAGCGAGUAUCUCUGUCGAGAACAGUAUUUUAUUAAAAAGGACAGCAAAGAAGAAAUAUAUUGCCAGUUACCAAAAGAUACUAACAUUGAAGACUUUGGUACAGUGCCCAGAUCUCGCUACCCACUGGUAGCACUGUUGACCCUAGCUGAUGCGGGUGACCGAGAAAUUUAUGAUAUUAUUUCCAUGGUGUCAGUAAUUCAUAUUCCUGAUAAAACUUAUAAACUAUCCUGUAGAAUAUUAUGUCAAUAUUUACUCCCGACUCAAGGUCAAUUUCAUGAUCUUAAGCAACUUUUCAUGUCUGCAAAUAGUAAUUCCACUCCUUCCAGCAACUCUUCUCCAGAAGAGGUGAGCACAGACCGAAGCUUGUUGGAAAAGGCCGGGCUCUCUGAGAGUGAAGUGGAGCCCCCGGAGCAGAACAGCAAGGACUGUGUUGUCUGCCAGAACGGGGCCGUGAACUGGGUGCUGCUGCCCUGCAGGCACACGUGCCUGUGCGACGGCUGCGUGAGGUAUUUCCAGCGCUGCCCCAUGUGCAGGCAGUUCGUUCAGGAGUCCUUUGCACUUCGCAGUCAAAAGGAGCAAGAUAAAGACAAGCUGAAAACCCUUUGAGGAUGUUGUUACAACUGAAAAGUACAAUUUCCGCAGAAGAUGCAGACAUUUGUGUUCUUGGAAUUAAUCAUAACAUGGAAUCUAGAGGUUGACCAUCAAUGAAAAUUCUGUUUUAACUUCAUAUUUGUACGGUACCUGGAUGAUAAAAUCUAAUUAUUCCUUCCUGUCCCAUGUGGUAAAUACUGGAAUGCCAUCUGUGUUAAUACAUAAAAAUGCAUUCAGCUCUUGAGAA